AUGACAGACUUUGAAGUUAAUCCCUUCGCUGAGUCUACUAGCCUAGAUGAAGACUAUGAAGGAAUCUCGGACGACCAAGAAUACAGACCGCAAAGUGAACGCAUACCGUCGUUUGCACAUGAUUUUUCUGGUUUUUGUUGUCAAAUUGGUUCAGUAAUUCGCACCGGAGAAGAAAACAUUCUUAUAACGAAUGCGCAAAAGACAAACGAGGGAGGUGGAAGUAAUUACAUUACUUAUACGAUUCGAUUCAAUGAUCAAGAAGUGAAACGGCGUUAUUCGGAAUUCGAGUCACUGCGAAAUAGUCUAACACGAUUAUAUCCAACAGCCAUUAUUCCUCCAAUACCAGAGAAACAUUCUAUUACUGACUACGCGACUAUGCAAAGUAAAGCCAAAGAAGAUGUGGUGAUAAUUGAAAAGCGUAAGAGAAUGUUACUAACAUUUUUAGUGCGGAUUGCAAAACAUCCGAAAUUAUCGAAUAGUCAUAUUUUUCAUAGGUUUUUGGAGAGUGGCGUAUCAUGGAAUGAAGUUCUCAAUUCUCCACCACUAUCGACACUGCCGAAAAAUAUUCUUCAGGUGUCCCCAACAAAUCUUCCAUCUCAAUCAUCGAGUAAUUCCACAUCUCCGGUUUCCACAACAAAUCCGCUUCUACCCACACCUAACCCCUCUCAAUUAUUGAGAAAUCCGGAUCAACGGUUUCUCGAUUCUGAACUGUUUACUAAUAAAUUUGCUAAUCAUAUGAGCCAAAACUUAGAGAAGACAAACCGAAGAUUAUUAAAAAGAUUGAGUGAUUUAUCCAAUGAUUAUGCUGAAUUGGGUGCAGUUUAUAAUGGGUUUAGCUUGGUCGAACCUGGUGGUUUAUCCAAUGCGAUUGAGAAGGUUGGCCAGGCGGUUGAUUCUUCCUUUAUGGCUAUUCGAAAUUUGACCACAGCACUUGAAUCCGAAUUUUCCGAGCCUCUUCAAGAAUAUUCGCAAUUCGCUCAGAUGAUUAAACAAGUGCUCCGAUAUCGACAUAUGAAGCAUCUACAGUUGGAGCUCACAGAAGAAACUCUUGAAAGACAAAAGGCUGCCCAUGAAAGUCUAAUAAGAUCAGAGGAGGAGGCCAGAAGAUUAGAAGCCGCUUUAAGUCGAUCAACAAUUGAAGAGAAUUCGUUGUCUCGUUCUCGUGCUAGUUUAGAUAGCGAAGAUGGAAAUUCACAUAUUCAUGAAGGUGGUGAAAAUGGACGUGAAGAAGAUGGUUAUCAUCAGAAUGGUGACUUGUCAAAUAGUGCUACGCUGAAUCAUCACUCUAAAAAGCGUAGUAGCUCGAAAUUGUUCUCCGUGUUAAGCCAUACUAUUCACGGUAUAAUGGACGUCGAUCCAGAAGCCACUAGGAGAAGUAGUAUUGGUAAAACAGCGGAUUCCAUAAUUCAGCUUGAGGAAGCCUUAGAAACAUCUAAACAAGACCUUAAGAAUAUAUCCGUAUCUAUUCAAGAAGAUUUAGAUCGUUUUCAAAGACAAAAAGUACGUGAUAUUCGGGACAUGUUGAUCGCAUAUGCAAAAAUCCAAAUUAAAUGGUGUCAAAAGAAUUUAAAUAGUUGGGAAGAGGCUAGAGCCGAAAUUGAAAAGAUGCAAACGUAA